AAGUUCCAACUAUGUCCUCUCCAAAUGGAAGGAAAGGGAGUCGCGAAGAAACUAAGAGAGAGAAAAACAUGGAGAAGAGAGCAAAGUAAAGAAAAGAGAGAGAGAAGAUUGUAUUUUUAAUUCUUUUGAAGUUCAACCGCUCCAAUUUCUUCACCAAAUCCCACAAAUUUAAAAACCCAUCUCCAUUAGCUUCUCCUCUCCAAUACCCAGAUCUUUAUAUUUCUUAGAACUCGAUCAAAUUCUUCAUACUGAUCAAUCAAACCUCCCCUGUUUUUCUUCUUCGUCUUCAUCUGUUUACUGACAAGGUAACCUCAAAUGCUCAUUCAUGUAGCUUCUUGAGACGUAAUCUUCCUUUUCUAUUGCCAUUUCUGGUAUUUCAACGAGUUUUUCAAUUCCCAAUUCUGGUUUCUCGUUAUUGGUGUUUAAAUUUUUUUUCCGGGAAAAUAGUUUCAUUUUCCGGGAAAAUUUUCCACAAUGGGAAUUCAAACAGACAGAGUUAGAUUCAACGUGGGAGGAAGAAUCUUCGAAACAACGGCCACAACGUUAGCCAACGCGGGUCGUAAUUCCAUGUUCGGAGCCAUGUUCGACGAGAAUUGGAACCUUCAACAGCAGUCCAUUAACUCCGGCGAAUACUUCCUUGAUCGGAACCCUGAUUGCUUCUCUGUACUUCUCGAUCUUCUCCGAACACAUGAGCUUUAUCUCCCGUCCAACGUCCCGGAAAAGCUUCUGUACAGAGAGGCCUUGUACUACGGUCUUUUGGACCACGUUCGCUUGGCGAAGUGGGGCCAAUUCGACGGUAACAGAUUAGGCCUUUCCCGGUCAGUAACGGGCCAAGCUCCCGGCGACGGCACCGCCAUUCGGGCCGGUCCAGAUGGCGGCUGCUGCGUGGCUCAUGGGAGCAUGGUUCAUGUCUAUGAUUGGAUGAUGGAAGAACACCCUCCAAUCAAUCUCGAUUACCAAAGAGUAAACGACGUCGGUUGGGUCGAUUCAGAGAAUGUGGUGGUCAGUGUCUGCGAGCGGCCGAGCCGCGGCGAUGGGGGAAUGGGGUUGUUUAGUUCGUCCAGCGGUGAGCUUAGGUACAAGUUUCAGGUCAGACAUGAGGAGCAGACCAAGAGCUUCACAGCUGGGCCACUGAGUUUUAGUUCUGAUUACAAGAUUUACUCGAGCUGUAAAGGAAGAAGCAAUGAGUAUGGGAUUGGUGUUUGGGAUCAAGUGACUGGAAAACAGGUUGAUUUUUACUAUGAACCACCUGGUUGGUCACUUGGUGAGGCUGACAAACUCCAAUGGCUAAAUGGGACUAAUUGUUUGCUUGUGGCAACUUUGUUCCCUAGAAAAGACAACUGUUACAUUAGCUUGCUUGAUUUCAGAGAGAAGAGAAUGGUUUGGAACUGGUCUGAUAUCGGUGCGCCUUUAACCAUAGACGAAAGGCGAGUUAGAGACGCCAUAGCUAUGGAGGAGAGUAACUCAGUCUGUGUUGUGAAUGAGUAUGAAGAAUUGGGUUUCAUUGAUCUGAGAAUUUCAGGUGGGGGUGUUAGGUGGAGCUCAAGAAGUAGGCUAAUGAAGGGGAAAAUGCCUGAUGAGCCUUGUUAUCCCAAGCUUGCUUUACAUGAAGGUCAACUGUUCUCUUCCAUGGAUGAUUGCAUCUCAGUGUUUUGUGGACCUGACUGGGUUUUAACUUCUAGGCUUAGAAAUAGCUAUGGAGGUUCCAUUUGUGAUUUUUCCAUUGGCGGGGAUCGGCUCUUUGCUCUCCACAGUGAAGAAAAUGUGUUUGAUAUAUGGGAAACUCCACCUCCACCUGUCAUAUGAUUCACCUAAAAAGUUCGGUUUUUUUUUGGUUAAAAUUUUUUGAGUGUUUUUUUUUACUUGUGUUCAUCUUUGACAUACAUAGUUGUGCCAUAUUUUAUUUUUGGGGUUCAUGUAAGUUAGAGUAAUACUACCAUAUUGUAGGUUAGAAUACUUGAAGAUAUGUAUACUUGAGCUCUGAGCUUUUUACAGUAUAGGGGUUCGGUUUGCUCAAUAACAAAACAGAGAGAGUAAAAGUGAAAGCAAUGGCUUAACUGUAAUGUAGCUUAAUGAGACAUCUACACUGUCAAAAGACUGUAUUUUGAUAUUUGCCAUUGAUAAAAAAAAGAGAAAUUUAUUACUCAGCUUAAAGAGGAAAAAAAAAUUGUUCCAAAUUCUGUUCUCAUCUUGCUGAAUCCUUUAUUUUUUGGGUCAAUUGUGGCAUCUUUGAACAUUUGUUUUUCUUUGUUUUGCUAAUAAGAGAUAGAGGGCACUUUUAAUAUUUUCA